GGCGGACAGUUGAAGUUGACGUAAACAAAACGUAAACUUACUGUAACUUUGUAAUUAACAGAGCUUUGUAAAUAAUUAUAAUAGUUGUAAAUAUCAAGCAUUUAUAAAUAUAAAUAGCAACAAACAUAUAUUCAUGUGAUAUUUUGAUAUUUUCGCUAUUAGAAGCUGUGGUAUUGACAUGCAUUAUCUCUGGUGAUCUACUGUGUACUUGGAUACAACGAUUUGUUAACAAUAAAUUACUGUUACAUCAAUUCUUUUGAUUUUCUAAUAAUAAAAAAUGGCUGAUUCCGAGGAAGAAGGUGAUAAAGAUUUGUUGUCCGGAAUCAAUAUGACUGGUUUUCUAUUCGGAAACAUCGAUGAUAAUGGUCAACUGGAAGAUGAUAUUCUUGAUCCUGAAGCGAAGCAACAUUUAGCUUCGCUUAGUCGUCUCGGUUUCAGCUCGUUUAUUCGAGAAAUGAUGCCUAAUGAAAAUGCUAAUGAUGAAAAGGAUGAACAUGAUGAUAAACAUGAAGACGAAUUUGAAACUGUUGAUGAAAAUGACGAAGAUUAUGUUGAGAAGUCAUCUAGUGCUCUUGAUUUUUCAGAUAUCAAUGAAUUAGCAGAAGAUAUAAAUGAGGAUAGUAAUAAACAAGACUCAUUUGAAGGAAGAAAUGAAAAAGAAAAUGAUUAUGAUGCAGACGAUGAAGAAGUAGUUAAUAAAUCAGACACACAAUUAAUGCCUCCUCCUCCAGUUCCUGAGGAAAAGGAAGUGCUUACAGCAGAAGAGGCAGAAGCUGCUCGACAACGGAAAUUAGAAACCCCUCUUGCGUCUAUGUUACCAUCAAAAUAUGCUAAUGUUGAUGUAGCUGAAUUGUUUCCUGACUUUCGUGCUAAUAAAGUAUUAAGAUUUUCAAGACUUUUUGGUCCAGGAAAGCCUAGCAGCCUUCCACAAGUAUGGAGGGGUGUUAAGAAGCGGCGAAAAAAGAAACGACAUCAUGAUGUUAGAGAUUCAGAUUCUGGUUCUGAUCAAGAUGAAAAAAAACCAAAGUUUAAGGGUUGGAUACUGAAUUAUGGCCCCGAUCCAAAUCCAGAUAUGUGUUGUUCUGACGAUGAGAAUAAACUAUUAUUACCAGUUGAAGAUAAAGAGCAAACUGGGAAAACAGGUGAAACUGGAGAAAAUGGAGAUAUGGGGCCAAAAGUAGCAGAUUGGCGUUUUGGACCUGCACAACUUUGGUACGAUAUGCUUCAAGUCCCAGAAACUGGAGAUGGUUUUAAUUAUGGAUUUAAACUUGCAGAUAAGAUGGAUGAUCAGAAUGAUAAAGAAGCUACUGAAGAAUUCUCUGAUGAUGCAUUUUUAAUGGUGUCACAAUUACAUUGGGAAGAUGAUGUUAUAUGGAAUGGUGAUGACAUAAAGCAUAAAGUGUUACAGAAAUUAAAUAGUAAAAAUAAUGCAGCUGGCUGGGUACCAUCCAGUGGAAAUAGAACUGCCCAAGCAUUUAGUCAGCCAGGGAAAGGUGCUCCAGUCCCAGUUGCAUCGAAUGUACGAUUAGCUACUUCUCAAAUUGCAACUCCUUUACACAUGCAAUCUCAAAAAAAUAAAAUGAACAUGAACAAGGGAAAUCAACAACAGUCUAGAGAAGAAAAUUAUGACGACACCUGGUACUCCAUUUUUCCUGUAGAAAAUGAGGAACUAGUAUACGGUCUAUGGGAAGAAGAAGUAAUUUGGGAUCCUGAAAACAUGAGAAAGAUACCAAAACCUAAAAUUCUCACUUUAGAUCCAAAUGAUGAAAACAUUGUUCUUGGUAUUCCUGAUGACAUAGAUCCAGCAUUACUGCAUAAAGAUAAUGGACCUCAACCAAAAGUAAAGAUACCACAUCCACAUGUUAAAAAGAGCAAAUUGUUACUUGGGAAAGCUGGUGUGAUUAAUGUUUUGGAAGAAGAUACACCACCACCGCCACCAAAGUCACCAGAUAGAGAUCCCUUCAAUAUUUCAAAUGAUACUUAUUAUAUGCCACGGUCAUCGGAAACAACAUUACGGUUGAAAGUUGGAGGUGGGAAUCUAAUACAACAUAGUACACCUGUGGUAGAAUUGCGUGUUCCAUUUGUACAAACACAUAUGGGACAAAUGCGACUUCGAAAUUUCCAUAGACCACCUUUAAGAAAAUUCAGUCAUGGUCCACUUGCACAUCCUGGGCCUCAUUCUGUAUUGCCAUUGUUGAAGCACAUCAAAAAGAAAGCUAAGCAAAGAGAGCAAGAAAGAAUUGCGUCUGGUGGAGGUGAUGUCUUCUUCAUGAGAACUCCAGAAGAUUUGUCUGGCAAAGAUGGUGAAGUGGUACUCAUCGAAUUCUCAGAGGAGCAUCCUCCUUUGAUGAACCAAGUAGGCAUGUGUUCUAAGGUGAAAAAUUACUAUAAAAGAAAGGCAGGUAAAGAUCAAGGACCUCAGAAGUAUAAAUAUGGAGAAACUGCAUAUGCGCACACUAGUCCAUUUCUUGGAAUUCUCACACCUGGUCAAAGCAUACAAGCAAUUGAAAAUAACAUGUACAGAGCGCCGAUCUAUGAACACAAAAUCCCAGAAACUGAUUUCCUAGUUAUUAGAACAAGACAGCAAUAUUACAUCAGAGAAAUGGACGCCUUAUUUGUAGCUGGACAAGAAUGUCCACUAUAUGAAGUGCCAGGUCCUAACUCAAAAAGAGCUAAUAAUUUCGUCAGGGAUUUUUUACAAGUAUUCAUAUACAGAUUAUUUUGGAAAUCAUCCGAUAUACCUCGUCGUAUUAAAAUGGAUGACAUUAAAAGGGCUUUCCCUUCACAUAGUGAAAGCAGUAUCAGAAAACGCUUGAAACUAUGUGCAGAUUUCAAAAGAACCGGAAUGGAUUCCAACUGGUGGGUCAUAAAGCCAGACUUUAGAUUACCGACAGAAGAAGAAAUUAGAGCAAUGGUGUCCCCAGAACAGUGUUGCGCAUAUUUUAGUAUGAUCGCAGCAGAACAAAGAUUAAAGGAUGCAGGUUAUGGUGAAAAAUUCUUGUUCACUCCUCAAGAUGACGAUGACGAAGAAAUGCAACUAAAAAUGGAUGAUGAAGUUAAAGUUGCACCUUGGAAUACGACACGAGCAUACAUUCAGGCUAUGAAAGGCAAAUGUCUAUUACAAUUGGCAGGACCAGCAGAUCCAACAGGCUGUGGCGAAGGAUUCUCGUACGUCAGGGUUCCAAACAAACCAACAAUAAGCAAGGAGGAACAGGAAGCGCAACCAAAGAGAACCGUUACCGGAACGGAUGCUGAUUUAAGAAGACUGUCUUUGAAUAAUGCAAAAGCAUUGCUUCGUAAAUUUGGUGUUCCCGAAGAAGAAAUUAAAAAGUUAUCACGAUGGGAAGUUAUAGACGUAGUUAGGACAUUGUCCACGGAGAAAGCUAAGGCUGGAGAAGAAGGUAUGACCAAAUUCUCUAGAGGAAAUCGAUUCUCCAUUGCUGAGCAUCAAGAAAGAUACAAGGAAGAAUGUCAGAGAAUAUUUGAUUUACAAAAUCGUGUGCUAUCUUCCAACGAGGUUUUGAGUACAGACGAGGGUGAAAGUUCAGAAGAAGACAGUUCUGAUAUAGAGGAGAUGGGUAAGAAUAUAGAAAAUAUGCUUGCUAAUAAGAAGACUAGUACUCAGUUGUCUCUCGAGCGAGAAGAACAACAGCGUCACGAGUUACGUAAAAUGUUGAUGGGUGAGGUUCAGGAACAGGAUAAAAAGAGUAAGGAGAAGAAGAAAGACGAUGAGGAAGAUAGUCCUGUAAAUAAUUUUAAUGCACAGCAGGGUAGGGUUCUUAAGAUUUAUAGAACAUUUAGAAAUCCAGAAGGGAAAGAAUAUACAAGGGUAGAACUGGUUAGAAAACCAGCAGUGAUAGAUACGUAUAUAAAGAUUAGGAAUUCGAAGGAUGAGACAUUCAUCAAACAGUUUGCGACACUGGAUGAAGCACAGAAAGAAGAAAUGAAGAGAGAGAAGAGGAGAAUUCAAGAGCAGUUACGUAGAAUUAAACGAAAUCAAGAGAGAGAACGUAUGUUAGGUGGUCCUAUUACAGGAAGUAAUUCAUCAUCCCAUAACAUAUUUGACCGUAGUAAUACCAAUACCCCAACCAUCACAUCCUCGAACAGUAUCCUUCAAUUCAGUAAUUCUUUCCAGUCUACAUCUCCUGCUUCUAAACAUCCUAAAACUGAGAUUUCUCCUUCUAAGCGUAAGAAACCUAAACUUAAACCAGAUUUGAAAUUGAAAUGUGGUGCCUGUGGUAAUGUAGGUCACAUGCGUACAAAUAAAGCCUGUCCCUUGUAUCAAAACAGCAUAACCACUGCACCAGUGAAUGUUGCGAUGACUGAGGAACAAGAAGAAGAGAUUGAAAAACAACUUAAUACAGACGACCAAGAUCUUGUUAAUGUGGAUGGAACUAAGGUGAAAUUGUCAUCUAAAUUGAUUAAGCAUGCUGAAGAAAUGAAGAGGCGCACAUUAUUGUUAAAAGUGCCCAAAGAAGCAGUCAACUCCAAGAAACGAAGAAGAGCCACUGGAGAUGAUCACUGCGAUUACCUCAAACGACAACAAAGACCUGCCAAUAGACGUAGAACAGAUCCGGUUGUUGUCAUGUCUACAAUGUUAGAGAGCAUACUUAAUGAGAUGCGAGAUUUACCAGAUGUACAACCUUUCUUGUUUCCUGUUAACGCUAAGGCUGUUCCCGAUUAUUAUAAAAUUAUUCAAAGACCUAUGGAUUUGCAAACCAUCCGUGAGAAUUUAAGGUUAAAGAAAUAUCAAAGUCGAGAAGAAUUUUUAGCCGAUGUUAAUCAAAUCGUAGAAAAUUCAACAUUGUAUAACGGAGCAAAGAGUUCGUUGACAGUGGCCGCUAAACGUAUGUUGGAGACAUGUGUAGAAAGGCUUGGCGAGAAAGAGGAUCGUUUAAUGAGAUUAGAAAAAGCUAUUAAUCCUCUUCUUGAUGACAACGAUCAAGUUGCUUUGACAUUUAUCUUGGAUAAUGUCGUUAAUAAUAAAUUAAAAUCUAUGACGGAAGCUUGGCCAUUCCUUAAACCAGUAAAUAAAAAAUUAGUGAAAGACUAUUAUACCGUAAUAAAACGACCAAUGGAUUUGGAGACUAUAUCGAAAAAAGUAUCGGCACACAAAUAUCAUAGUCGGCAUGAGUUUCUCAGAGACAUUGAACAAAUUUUGGAAAAUUGUACAAUAUACAAUGGAAAAGAGUCUGUUUAUACAAACAAGGCUGAAAUGCUUGUAAAAGUUUGCAAAGAAACAUUAGAUGAGUAUGACGAUCAUUUAACGCAGUUAGAAAAUAAUAUAUUAUUAGUACAAAAACGGGCAAUGGAACAAGCAGAUAUAGAUCCUUCAUGGCUUGGCCCAGAUGAGGAAAACUAUACUAUUGUGGAGCCUGAAUUCAGAGGGAGUCAGACAAGUUCGCCAGAAAAUCCAUUUGGAAAAUCAAACAUAGAGGACUUUGAUUUUGUGGAUGUAGAAGGAGACAUGGAAGGCGAUGGUAGUAGAUGUGUAAAUUCAAAGAAAAAAGAUGUUCUUGAAGAAGAUUUACAAUUCUCUAGUGAAGAUGAGUUUGAUGAGGUUCCAUUUGGUACAGAUGAGCAAUCUGAACAUGCUGAAAUGGAUACAAUUGAAUUGAAUGAAGUACGAGAGGGAGGAGUUGUAUUGGCAGAUGAUGAUAGCCAGCAAGCAGCUGAAGCAAUGGUACAGUUGGGUAAUGUUGGAUUUUAUAUGGCAGAUCAACAAUUGCUUCAGCAAGAUGAAAGCAUGGACGUUGAUCCAAAUUACGAUCCUUCAGACUUCUUACUAGCUGGAUUACCAGUCAGAGAUGAAAAAAAUGAGACCAAGAUUCAAGAUGAUUUAGCUGUCUCAGAAAGCGAAGACGAAGCAGAAAACAAUGUGCAACUAAAGCAAAAAACACAGCAACUGUCGCAACCAGAAGAAGACGUGGGUGGCGACUUGUGGUUUUAAGAAGAUUGUUAUUUAUUCUAAGCAAGAAUCCUGUUAUUUUCUUUCUAAAAUCAAAAACUUUAUAUACAGAUACAAUAUUUCAAUAUAUAAUGAAAAAUGAUAUAUUUAUUUCUUAUAGGAAUAAUUGAAUUUCAAUACUUGAAAUUAUGUAAUAUAUGAUUUCACUUUGUAAAAAGGUAGGAGGUAUGAUGUAGUCUUCUGAAUGCAUAUCUUAAAAUGUUAUGUAUACAUACAUGUAAAUAUAUAAUGAAAAUUUUUUAAGUUCUA